AUGGACAUGAGUCGAAGUUCCACCAGCAACCAAACCACUGGAUCGACUUCGAUACAAUCUUCAAAACUAUUGAUACAGCAAGAAUCCAGGAGACUGCGCUUGAGAGCAUUGGAUAUACGUUCAAGAAGUACUACUGGUAGCCAGGAACAGCAGGAUGAUGAUCAUGAUAAUGAUGAUCAUCAUCAUGAUAACCACCAAACACAUGGUGCAGAGGGGGACGAUUAUUCCGCUUCGUCCAGGCACAGCCUCCACGAAAAUGACGACGAAAAUGACGACGACGAUAUACCGGUAUUGUCACGACCCGGGGCAUUCUCCGUGCAAGGAGACGAAGCCACGCGUCGCGAUCGAUUCGCCGCUGAAUUGGCACAGAAAUCAGCCGUCUUGACACAACACGAAGUGUCGUUACCGCCACCACCACCGCCCGCAUCUGCCUCGAAUACAUCUCCACGACCCGACACCCGCAAUCUACGAAGACACAUGACGAGAAAAUUGUCACAAGAAGAAAUCGUUUCCAUUGCCCAGGCCGUACUCGUGCCGGAUCAGGACCAACUUUUUGCCACGGAUUUUCAUAAUAAUGCCGGUGGCAGUGAGCAGUUGUUGGCAUGGACGCAACGAGAAUUGGACUUGCAAGAACGAGAGGCACAGCUGGAACAGCGGGAGGCGCGAGUUGCGCAACAGGAAGCUACAUUGGCAGAACGAGCCGCGAAACUUCAAGCGUGGGAAGAAGAUUUGCAACGACAAGAAGAAAUGUUAUCAGGACACAUUCGACAAGCACAUCCACUCGCUGUGAUUGUGGCGCAAAUCGAUCAUGACCAAGACGACAAUAAUCUCAAACCUCCCCCUCUCAAACCUGCAAAGUCAUUCGAUGGAACCUUCAAAGCUCCGUCACUCAACAUUACCAAAUCCUUGGGAAGCAUGUUCCAGAAGUCACAAAGACAGCUUGGUGGAGUUCUCGGGAAACAACUUUCACAGAAACGUAUUCCUCUGGAACGACAAAACUCGCAAAAGAGAAAUACACUAGAGCGACAGAAUUCUCAGAAGAGAAAUACACUAGAGCGACAAAACUCGCAAAAGAGAGAUACGCUAGAGCGACAAAAUUCUCAAAAGAGAAAUACACUAGAGCGACAAAACUCUCAAAAGAGAAAUACUCUAGAGCGACAAAGUUCACAGAAACGAUCGAUGCAGCGACAACCUUCACUCAAAGAGUUCUUUGAACGGCAAGACUCGAAACGAUCACUGGGACGGCAAAACUCAAAAAAGUCCUUGGGACGACAAAACUCGCAAAAAUCAAUGGGCCGACAAGACUCACAGAAACAACCACCAUCGACACGAAAAGCACCACCUCCCCAAAUGUUGGGACGACAGCUCUCCCAAAAGGUCGUAACUGUUUCGAGAGAUAAUGAUAAGAGUCUUGCCGACGUUCGAACACAGCUACGGCGACAGCAUUCACUGAAGCAGUUUGGGUCCGCAGAAAAGAGUGAUUUCAAUUGGAAAAAGGCUGGAAAGUCGCUACGAAAACUACGGCACUCGUUCGAGAAAGAUUCCUCCAAUCAUUCCUAUGGCACUAAACGCAGCGACGGGAGCCUUCUCGACGAGGGGAGCGACUGUGAUCUGUCCGAAGAAAUGUCCGUUCAUACCGCCCCAAUGAAAUUGAAGUCGCCUCCGCCUGGCAUAAUAGCAGAUGUUGCUCUGUCUCCGCAUCAACCGGCCAAGAAACCUCCUCCUGUUCUCAUGGUGGAUCAUUCUACAUCCCUUAACAGCAAUGACACUCGUAGUUCCGAUGGGCUGCCGUCACGAUUAAUGCCAGACGAUGUGGAUGACGCUCAAUCAGUGUUGACCACUUCCGUGGCUACUGUCAGCACGCACGCCCUAGAUGCCUCGGCGGUAUUGUCGCCUGAAUAUGGUAGACAACAAGAACGACGACAAUCUGCAGGAGACAACAACAGCACAGGCGGUCGGCCAAGACGGAAUUCUUACAAUCUGUCAAACAUGAGAGCUGCAUCGCUAGCGUCUUUGGUAAUUCCUACCCUUCCGCGGCAGCAGCCAGCAGGCGGUGGUACGAUGGGAGAGGGACCCAUGCGAUUCGCACCGUCUCCGCACGAACCAUCCCUUGAAGCAGAGUUGUCAAUGCUAGACGAAAAGGAUAAGCAAGCCUACCGCGCCUUGAAGCAAAAGUGGAACUCGAGACAGGCAAAGCAAUCAUCGAAGAAGGCAUUUGAACUGCCUAUCUCGUGGCAUUUUCGCUUCUUGUACUAUACUGCCCGAAAUAGUAAUUCGAGACGGGAUGACAACUUUUCAGAGGAUCGUGCGUGGGCGGCGGAGAGAAAGUUGAAGAAGCGAUUUGUCAUGUUGAGCAUCCUUCAGGUACGGACACAGCUACAGACCAAGACUCUUUUCCCCGUGCCCGGGCUCUACAGUAAGGACAAACACGCAAUGUUUUACAUGCGGCCCUCGCGUUACUUUCCGAAUAAAACGUCCGCGAGAGCAAUCAUUGAUAACUUGAUCUACGUUAUCAAUACAAUGACCAACAACAGUUUCCAUGCUCAAAAGGAAGGCAUCGGGUUCAUUGCGUGUAUGGAUAAGUGGAAGAUGAAGAACUUUGACGUGAAUUACUGCUACCAGUUUAUGAUGGCAUUGCAGGGGUUUAUGGUUCCAGUCAAGACUCAGCUAUUCUUGAUUGUGAAUCCACCCAGCUGGUUUGGUGGCAUUUGGACAAUCAUGAGGCCAAUGCUGGCGCCUUCCUUUCGGAAGCGUGUGAAAAUAGUGCCAGAGUCAAAGAUUCACAAGUACCUGGCUCCUGGCUUCGAACAAUUCCUGCCUGACGACAUGAAGAGUGGCCGAGCCAACACGGAUGCAAUGGUGGAAGAUUUCAUUGCAUAUCGCGUGUGUGUUGAGAGGCAUCUGCUCAGACGAUUGAAGCAGAUGAAGAACAACAAGGGCGAAGGUGAAUCUACUACGGACACGAUGUCGAUGUCAAUGUCGCAUAGAGACAUGAUGUCAAUUUCCCAUUCUGCCUAUCGCCAACGCAACCGUGAUCCACAGGAUCACUCUCGUGUCCGAUCGUCAGACAACAUCCGUGAAAGUCCCAUUAUGGAAGAUUUUGACGAGUUCGACGACGAUGAAGGUCUUAGUACGUUGUUUGACGAUGAUCGAGAAGACGAUGACGACGAUUUGAUGAGCAUGAGUCGAAGCUCUGGUAGUGGCAAGCUUUCGUUCUGCAGCCGAGAUCGAAUCAACUUUGAUGAUGACGACGAUGAUGACGACGCCUCGAUCCACUGUGACAUUGAAGAUGACGAGAUGCUGGCUGAAGAAGACAUGAAGCAGCCACCAAAACGGUCACCAAGUGGUGGUUCGUUGGCUCUUUCAGAAAUCUCUGUCUCAGUUUCUUCUGCUGCGAGUAGUUCUGGUUGA